CGAGGGUACCCCGAGCGCAGCCAGCCAAUAGGGAUGGAAGUCGGGGUAUAAAUGCUCUGGUUCAUCACCUGGUAGAGUUGGGCAACCCCUAUAUUUGGUGGACAGGAUCUGAUCCCGGGAUUUGUUACCUCUUUCUUUUCUCCUAAGCAGACGGAGUAAGAAUCGCAGCCAUGGCAAAGAACUGUCAUAACGACUAUAAAAUGAAGUUCUCCCUGGACGAGGAGUUCCCCGACUUGUCUCUGCACAACAACCACAUGGCCAAGGUGCUGACCAAGGAAAUCUAUGGCAAGCUGAGGGGAAAGUCCACCCCCAGCGGCUUCACAGUGGAUGAUGUCAUCCAGACUGGUGUUGAUAACCCUGGUCACCCCUUCAUCAUGACCGUGGGCUGCGUUGCCGGUGAUGAGGAGUCCUACGAGUACUUCAAGGAACUGUUGGACCCCAUCAUCUCCGACCGUCACGGCGGAUACAAGCCCACCGACAAGCACAAGACCGACCUGAACUUCGAACACCUGAAGGGUGGUGAUGACCUGGACCCCAACUACGUGCUGUCCAGCCGUGUGCGUACCGGCCGCAGCAUCAAGGGAUUCACCCUGCCCCCCCACAACAGCCGUGGAGAGCGCAGAGGCAUUGAGAAGCUGUCCAUUGAGGCUCUGGCCAGCCUGGACGGUGAGUUCAAGGGAAAGUACUACCCCCUGAACGGCAUGACCGAGGCAGAGCAGGAUCAGCUGAUCAAUGAUCACUUCCUGUUUGACAAGCCUGUGUCCCCACUGCUGACCUGCGCUGGUAUGGCCCGUGACUGGCCCGAUGGCAGAGGCAUCUGGCACAACGACAACAAGACCUUCUUGGUCUGGGUGAACGAGGAGGAUCACCUGCGUGUCAUCUCCAUGCAGAAGGGAGGCAACAUGAAGGAGGUCUUCAGGCGCUUCUGCGUCGGCCUGCAGAAGAUUGAGGAGAUUUUCAAGAAGCACAACCACGGCUUCAUGUGGAGCGAGCAUCUUGGCUAUAUCCUGACCUGCCCCUCAAACCUGGGAACUGGCCUGCGCGGUGGCGUGCACGUCAAGCUUGCCAAGCUCUCCACACACCCCAAGUUCGAGGAGAUCCUCACCAGGCUACGUCUGCAGAAGCGUGGCACAGGUGGUGUGGACACAGCCUCCGUGGGUGGUGUGUUUGACAUCUCCAACGCCGAUCGUCUGGGCUCCUCUGAGGUGGAUCAGGUCCAGCUGGUGGUUGAUGGUGUCAAGCUGAUGGUUGAGAUGGAAAAGAAGCUGGAGAAGGGAGAGUCCAUUGAUGGCAUGAUCCCUGCCCAGAAGUAAAGUGGACAGACAAUCAUUGUAUCUGUGUUUGUUUUUUAAAUAUAGACUACAAAAAAAAAUGAACAGGUAGCCUUGUUGUAAAGUUAUUUUACUGGCUAAAGCCAACUGGCUACUUUCUUUUUUCCCGUCACUCCUCUUUUCUUUCUUACUUAACUCAAGUUAAUCUCACUCAUCUUUUCCACUUUCCUGCUUUUUCUUUCUAAGUUCCUGUAACUUUAACCAUCUCUUGCCCCAUCUUCUCUGUAACAUCCUGGGAUCAAUCCAUGCAUAGUCUGGUCGUGGCUAUGUAUGCGCACCAAAAGAAAAAACCUUUUUUUUUUGGUUGUAAAAUAUAACUGGACAAUUAAACAAUGCCCCAUGUAACAAUCAAA